CUUCGUGAGCAUGAUUCUAUAGUUCAACUGUUCUAACUUUCAGUGUUUCAUCAUUUACAUUACUAUAGCCCUUGUUUAUACUACAGUCCUGUUUUGAUCAAAGGGAAUAAUGGUUUUGGUUUAAAAAUUUAGAAUGGUGAAGAAGAAAAAUUAUUUACGGACUAAAAUUUCUCUUUAAUUUAUGUUUGCCUUUUAAUACUUGGAGAGAAGAGAAACGUCAUUCUUAAUUUUUUGGACGUGCUGAGCAAAUUACUUGAACUCGGUUAACGAUGGGUUCUAUUGAUGAUUUGGAGCUCACUUCUUCCUCAUCUAAUGAGGUUCGGACAGUAGUUUUAGUUGGGCGAACUGGUGAUGGCAAGAGUGCAACGGGUAAUACCAUUCUCGGAAGGAAGGUCUUCAAUUCAAGGGCAAGCUCUUCUGGUGUAUCCAUCACAUGUGAAUUGGGGACAGCAGAACUAGAUAACGGGCAGCGUGUUAAUGUUAUUGACACCCCAGGAUUAUUUGAUUUGUCUUCUGGAUCUGAUUAUGUUCGAAAGGAAAUUGUCAAAUGCAUUGAUUUGGCUAAGGAUGGGAUACAUGCUGUCAUUUUGGUGUUCUCGGUUAGAACACGCUUUACUGAGGAACAAGAAACUGCUCUAAGGACCUUGCAGUCAUUAUUUGGAAGCAAAAUUGUAGAUUACAUGAUUGUGGUCUUCACCGGAGGAGAUGACUUGGAAGAAAGCAAAGAGAGCUUGGGGGAUUAUUUAGGUCUCGAACCUCCAAAGGCUUUAGAGGAAAUUCUUGAUCUGUGUGAGAAUCGUGUUGUACUUUUUGAUAACAAGACUAAGGAUGAAGGGAAACGUUCUGGACAAGUUCAAGAACUUCUCUAUUUUGUAAACAUUGUUCUAUCACGAAAUGGUGGACGACCUUAUACAGAUGAGUUGUUUACAGAACUGAAGAAGCGAGCAAUGGAGCUGCAUAAGGAACAAAGAAAGGUUGAUUCUUUAAAAGAAGAAUAUUCUAAAGAUGCAAUAUCAGAGUUUGAAAAGCAAAUGCAGCAAACAUGUGAUGAUCAAUUAAAGCGAAUUACAGAGAUGGUUGAAUCAAAAUUGAGUGAGGCAACUAUGAAGCUUAAGCAACAGUUAGAUGAAGAGCAAGCUGCAAGACUUAAGGCUGAGGAGAAGGCAAUGUUAGCUCAAACAAGAUCAGAUGAAGAAAUAAGUAGACUAAGAGAAAAUCAUGAGAAGGCCCACGAGGAACUUCACAAGAAAGCUGAAGGUCGUUGUGCCAAGCUAGCUUGUGCCAUUCUUUGACAGUACCAACUUGGAACUUCUGAGAAUUUAUGUGGUAUUUUUCUCUAGGAUGGUGACAUCAAAUAGCUGUUGCUUUUUCGCGGUGUUAAUACUUUUUAAAAGUACCAUGACAAUUAUGCAAUUACUUUUAUUCCAUGUUUGACAAUCAUGGAUUAUGGGAUUGAUGUUUUCUAAUCUGGUUUUCAUACUUGGUAAUUUCAAUGCAAAUUCAGUGUUUUCUGUCAAA